AUGAAGUUGAAUGUUCGGUCACUCCCGUCAAUCAAGCAAAGAGAGCUCUCUGAUUCAGCUCCCUCUUCCGGGAGGAGUCCUAGAGAGGCGGUCCCUCCCGGUGACGUCAAUAGAGGGCGACUUCCGCUCCCCUUCACCAAGGCACGUGGCAGGCAGGCAGGCAUGGCGCAUCAGCCGGAUCCCCAGCAGAUCAAAAAGGCUGCCCUCGCCUUGCUUGCACACAGCAAGAGCAAGAAGAAUAAGGCCGAGAAAUUGCUUUUAAAUGAGGACCGGAAUUUAUUUUUGAUGAUUACCGUCUGGAAGAUCCCGCCGCGUGAGCAAGUCGUCAAAAUACCCCUGCCUCAUAAUAUCCAGCCUGCCACAGCUGAGGUUUGCCUCUUCACAAAAGAUGAGCCGGAUUCAACAGCGGAACAGACGGAGAACUUGUACAAGAAGCUCUUGUCCCAACACGGGAUCACAAGCGUCACUGAGGUCAUCUCCUACAAAACACUCAAAAAGGAAUACAAGCCUUUUGAAGCCAAACGCCGUCUUCUCGGCCGGUUCGCUCUCUUCCUGGCCGACGAUCGCAUCCGAAGGCUUCUGCCGUCGCACAUCGGGAAGCACUUCUAUAGGAGUAAAAAAGCUCCUCUGUCUGUGAACCUAAGAUCAAAGAAUCUGGCGAAGGAAAUAAACAAGCACAUCCAGGGAACUACUCUUCCUGUCACCAACAAAGGAUGCUGCUAUUCGGUGCGCAUUGGUCACACUGGCAUGGAAGCUGGGCAGAUUUCGGAGAACGUUAUUGCUGCUGCGAAUGCGAUUGCUGCUAAAGCACCCCAGAUUUGGAGAAGUGUUAAAAUUCUUCACCUCAAAACAGAGAAAUCCGUUGCGCUUCCAGUCUUUACAUCAGAUUUGAUUCAGAAAGAGACAGACACCGAAAGACAGCGUCCUUUGGCACAGAGAAAAAAAGAAAAGAAUAAAACUAAAAACAUUGCAAACGGAGACAGCACAACAAAUAGCUCUGAUGUUAGAAAUCCAGUCCUGAAAACAGCAGACACCUCUAUCAUGGUUGAAUCAGAGGAAGAUGAUGGAGACAUUCCACAACUGGUUCCAAUUGAAGCUUCUCCCAUUGCGAAAAGGGAAAAGGUAGUGGAGCCUAGUCCUGCUCCAGGAAGAAAGUGUAAGCCAAGCAGAAAGGGAUCAACGGCUCUCCAGGGCAAGAGGAAGACAUCAGGAACACCCACAGCACAGCUGGAAACAUCUGGAGAUGAAUCAGUCUCACAGAUGCCAAAGCGUCUCAGACCAUCCAAGAAGUCUAAGACUCCAAACCAAAAAGUUUCGGAAAAGAAGCAGGCGACCCCGCCGCAGAAACCGGCAGCAAAAUCUUCUCAGGCCCUUAAAUUGAAGAAAGUCAAGAAGUCUUCCAAGAAAGCUCCCAAAGCCCCCGCACAAGAACUCAGGAAAGGGAAAAGGCUACAGUCGUCAUAAACAACAGUGGAGAAGAGUAUAGUUAGUUACUACUUAAACAUAAAAGCAAUUGGAGGCUUGGCAGAGAAAACACUUCCACUUGAAUGUUGACUUUCUGCAGCCACAUUUUCUUAACAACUAUAAUGGCUUCUAUGAAUUGGUAAAACAGCUGACAUGCUAACCUGUUUGAAUCUUAACCUGUAAAGUCAAACUUUUUUUCUGACUUAUAGAUUGUACCGUCUUCUCUAUCUGUAGUUUGCCUGUGUUUAAGAUGGAUUCACUUAUCCAUCGGUGACGUAAUACAAUAUAGAAACAACAAAGGAUAGCUACUCAACCAACAGAGGUAUGCAAUAAAAUUAUUUUCCCAAGUUAA